AUGAAAGAAGAAGUUGGGGUUCACAGCCAGAAUAGUGGUGUAGGAGCACUGUGUGAUGACUUUACAGACCUGGACUUCCAUGAGUGCUUCCUCGGGACCACCCUGAACAUUAAGCUGCUGCUCUACACCAAGUAUAACCUACGCUGCGGCAGAGAGUUGAACCACCACCAGCUGUCCUCCCAGCCACUCUUCAACCUCUCCCUGCCCACGGCUUUCGUCAUCCACGGCUACCGGCCCACCAGGGCCCCUCCGUUCUGGGUGGACCACGUCGUCCAGCUGCUGUCUGAGCAGGAGGACAUGAACAUCUUGGUAGUGGACUGGAACAGAGGAGCUGCUAACCUCAACUACUUCACUGCUGUGACCAACACACGACAGGCUGCCAACAACCUCACCGGCUUCAUACUCAACAUGCAGGCAGAGGGAGCGCCUCUGAGUUCGGUCCACCUGAUCGGGUCGAGUCUGGGAGCUCACCUGGCUGGGUUCGUAGGAGCAAACCUGAAGGGCAAGAUCGGCCGCAUCACAGGUCUGGACCCAGCGGGGCCCAUGUUCACUGGAGCGACACCUGAGGAGAGACUAGACCCUUCAGACGCCAUGUUUGUAGAUGUACUACACACUGACAUGAACUCGUUUGGUCUCAGAGGUCAACAUGGUCAUAUUGACUACUACGCCAACGGAGGAUCUGACCAGCCAGGCUGCCCCAAGACCAUCUUCUCAGGGAAGUCAUAUUUCAUGUGUGACCACCAGCGCUCUGUGUUCCUGUACCUGUGUGCUCUCAACCGAACCUGCAGUCUCACAGCCUACCCCUGCUCCUCCUACAGCGACUUCCUGGACGGCCGGUGCCUGCAGUGUGAGGCUUUUAAGCCCGCACCCUGCCCUAUGCUAGGUUAUGACGUCAGCAGGUGGAGGGAUAUUCUGCUGCGAUUGGGUCAGACCAAGGUAUACUUCACCACCACUGCCACGUUGCCCUAUAAAAAGGUCAGCUACAGGGUGGACAUGGUGACAUGGAACCGGUACCCACGCUGGGGAGUCCUCAUCCUCAGACUCCACAGUGGCAGGAACUUCACUGAGGCACGCAUUGACCGUAAGCUGUUCAGGUUUGAGAAGUACACCUCCACCCGUCUGUUGGUCCAGUUUGAUGAGGACCUUCAGCCCAUCCAGAAGAUAUCCCUCAGCAUUGCUACCAGAAACGUGAUAGGCCCUCGCUACAAAAUCCGACUAAUCCGCAUCCGCCUCGCCCCCCUGGAGCAACCCGACAGGCCGCUGAUGUGUCGCUAUGACAUCAUCAUGGAGGAGAAUAUUGAGGUGGCGUUCCGCCCUCUGCCCUGCGACCCUCGUCUCUGAGCCACCACCAGAGGGCACUCUCCUCACACACAGGGCCUCCCCAGCCACACACCCAAAUGAACCACAAGGGGCAGACAGUUGACAUCGUCCCCCCCACACUGCUUCUGCCGUUGUAUGGUCUAGCCAGGCUGCAGGAUCACAUGCUUUGGCAUAGACGGUGAAGACUAGGUGGAGCCAACACUGUGUUUCUUACAGCUCUCCAGUUCUAUGAGAUCUGAUUGCAGUGUGGAUUAGGGGUCAUCUUGGUUGGAAAACACAA